GAAAAUGUGAUGUUAAAACGACGCGGGGACUCUCAAGUAAAGCUCAUUGACUUUGGCCUUUCUCGCCUAAUUCCACCGGGUCAUACUGUAAAGGAUAUGGUAGGCACUCCGGAGUUUGUAGCUCCUGAAGUGGUCAACUACGAACCUCUCAGUCCCGCCACUGAUAUGUGGGCUCUUGGGGUGGUCACUUACAUUCUGUAA